AUGUCUCAAGGAACCCUUUUCAUUACUGAACAAACCCGUGGAGUUGUUCCAAAGGGAUUAGUUCAAUACUUCAAGUUGGACGUUAAGAUCUCCAACAAAGAAGACGAGCAAUUCAAGAAGUACUUCCCAUUGAACUAUAUCCCUGCCUUCGUUGGUCCUAAGGGAUUGAAGUUGACAGAGGUUUCUGCUGUCAUUGAGCACUUACUGAACUUGGCCGGUGAGAAGAAAUUGAAGGGAACUACCGAACUUGAGCAGGUUCAAGUCAACAAGUGGAUUUCCUUUUUCAACACUGAGGUCAUUUCAACCAGUGCUAGAAUCUUCCUACCUUUGUUGGGUAAGGCUCCAUACAACAAGAAGGACAUUGAUGCUGCCACUGAGAGAUUGGAUACUAUUAUUCAAAUAAUUGAGGCAAGAUUGUCUGAAUUUACUUACUUGGUCGGUGAAAGAAUCACCGUUGCUGAUCUGUUCGCCGCUACUGUUAUUGGAAGAAGUCUGGAGACUAUUUUCGACAAGGCAUGGAUUUCCAAGCACCAGGACAUCUUCAGAUGGUUCAGCACUGUGUCAGCCCACCCAGUUCUGUCUUGGAGAUACGUUGACUUCAAGCCAAGAGACAAGCCUGUCGAAUACGUCCCUCCUAAGAAGGAAAAGAAAGAAAAGAAGAAGGAGGAGAAACCAAAGCAAGAGAAGAAGCCUGCUCCUGCUGCUGCUGAGCAAUCUGAUGAGCCACCUGUUGAGAAGAAGGCAAAACACCCAUUGGAAGCUCUUGGAAAACCAAAGUUGGCCAUUGACGAAUGGAAGAGAUUCUACUCCAAUGAGGAGACCAGAGAGUCUGCAAUUCCAUGGUUCUGGGAACACUUUGACGCCGAUGAAUGGUCCUUGUGGAAGGUCACUUACAAAUACAAUGAUGAAUUGACCUUGACCUUCAUGUCAAACAACUUGAUUGGAGGUUUCUUUGCCAGAUUGACCGGUUCGAUCAAGUACAUGUUCGGAUGUGCUGUAGUGUACGGAGAGAACAACAACAACGGUAUCAUCGGUGGUUUCAUGGUCAGAGGACAAGACUACAAGCCAGCUUUUGAGGUCGCUCCAGACUGGGAGUCUUACUCUUACGAGAAGUUGGACCCUAACAGUGAGGAAGACCGUGAGUUCUUCAACAACAUGUUGGCUUGGGAUAAGCCAAUUGUUGUCAACGGUGAAGAGAAGGAGAUUGCUGAUGGUAAGGUUUUGAAAUAG